AGCACAACACAAAGGCUCUUUUCAGAGCCACCACUUACUCGUGAGAAAGCUUCCAUGUGUGUCCUUCAAAGUUCGGGUGCCGGAAACCUUCGUUUGCUGGUCACGGCUCUCACGAGUCGUCAGGCUGCUUUUUGCAUCCUAGGUCCCUUAACGAUGUCUGGACGCGGCAAGACCGGUGGCAAAUCUCGCGCCAAGGCAAAGUCCCGCUCUUCCCGCGCCGGCCUGCAGUUCCCCGUGGGUCGCGUUCACAGGCUGCUCCGCAAGGGCAAUUACGCCCAGCGGGUCGGCGCUGGAGCACCCGUCUACCUGGCCGCCGUGCUCGAGUACCUUUCUGCCGAGAUCCUCGAGCUGGCUGGCAAUGCCGCCCGCGACAACAAGAAGACGAGGAUCAUCCCCCGACACCUGCAGCUCGCCGUGCGAAACGACGAGGAGCUCAACAAGCUCAUGGGCGGCGUGACUAUCGCCCAGGGCGGUGUGCUGCCCAACAUCCAGGCCGUGCUGCUGCCCAAGAAGACCUCUCAGGCAAAGAAGUGAACGCGCCGCCGCCUCUACCACCACAACAACGGCUCUUUUCAGAGCCACCCACUUGCUUGCAAAGAGCUCGGACAGUCGUGCACAGGGGUUUUGUUAUUAAUAAGGACACCGUCGUCGAGUUGCCCUCGUCCCAAAUUGCUCGCAAUUAAACGAAUGCUCUGCUCAUUCCAGAUACCCUUUAUGUCUAAUUUAGGAACGGUAUUUGAGCAGCAUUCCAACAUUGCAUCAAUCAUGGAACAUGGUUUAGAAUAAAUUAUGAUGCCUAUUGGAAGAAAGUAUCGUGUUUUUUUAAAGAAUAAAACUCGCUCUUUUUGAGCGGUCAGAUUACAUGUGAAGAGGAGUCGGUGAAUGGUUCAAGCACUUUAAGGGAUCUGCGAGCCACCCUCACGCACCACGCAAACACGACAUCUCCGCUCUCACGACAACACGCACCAAUCGCACGCGCGGGGAAGAGCUGGACGGGGGGGUCAGGGGUUAAAGGGCAGACACCGCUGGUUUCAAGUUCAUUUCAAGUUCAUUUAUUAGGUAUAGCCCUGUGAGCCAUUCAGCUCUUGAAUCGGGUGCAACCGCAACAAACAAAAAACAUGAACAAAAAACAUCUUAAAGUGAAUAUGUGACUAAGUGCAAACAGAAAAUCCAAGAAAAGACAGCAAAAAUAUUGCAGAAAAAACACCGUACACCAACGCUGUGUGCAAAAAUCCCAGUGGGAUGCAAGUCAAACAACAACAACAACCACAAGACAACUUAGAUUAAGGCCAUCAGUCUAACUCUGUACUACAACAACACAAACAUGGCUAAACCAAUACACUUUUCGAAAUCACCAAAAUAAAGCCAUGAAAGCAAUGAAAAAGCAAUCAUAGGAACUGUGACGGAAUUUUCACAAUAAAUGGCAUAAACAACAUGUACUACCAAAACCCUGCAGCCAUAGCUGGCUGCAUGAGUCACUCCACAGCAGGUCGCAAGAGACUGCGCGUGGCGCUUUGUGUUGCCGUUGCCAUGAAUCGUCGAAGCGCGUUCACGAUCUGUUGUUCUCCUGUAACGCGGUGGUCAUUUCGAUUUAAAGCUUUCGUGACUGCAGGGAUUCAUCUGCUUGGUUCUUUCGGUAAAGUCACGUAAGAUGGAAAUAAUAAAAUAAUAAUAAAACAAAAAAGUAAUUGUAAAAUUUUAUUAUUAAAAUAAAAAUGCUAUUUAAUAAUAAACUAAUGAAAAUAAAAAUAAUAAGUAAAAGGUUUCUUUUUAUUAUUUU